AUGAACUUCACUCCGGAGACGCUACAGGUGCUGGUCUUGUCUAUAUACUAUAACCUGGAGGCACUUGUAAAACUGUUCGUCCCUUCGCGGAAGAAGAGCGCUGCGGGAGAAACCGUCCUCAUCACGGGGGCGGGUAGUGGCAUCGGCAGGCUGAUGGCCCUUGAGACAUUAGACAGGAAGGCAACAAGGAAACUGUUCGACUGGUGAAGGAAAAGGGUGAUACCGGGGUCUACUCAUACAUCUGUGACUGCAGCAACAAGGCAGAGGUGUACUCUGUGGCUGACCAGGUAGGUUUAUACAGGUUUUAUAGCUGUAUGGUAUGGAUGUUAUCAAUCAUGUUCUACCACUUUGCAGAUAAUAGUUUGAAGGUCUGUAGUAUUUUUCAGAACAUGCAUACACUGAUCUUCAUAAUGGUAAUUUGAGAUGCAAAUACACUAUAUGGCCAAAAGUAUGUGUACACCCCUUCAAAUUAGAGGAUUCGGCUAUUUCAGCCACACCCGUUGCUGAAAGGUCUAUAAAAUCGAGCACACACCCAUGCAAUCUCCAUAGACAAACAUUGGCAGUAGAAUGGCCAGUACUGAAGAGCUCAGUGACUUUCAUUGUGGCACCGUCAUAGGAUGCCACCUUUACAACAAGUCAGUUCAUCGAAUUUCUGCCCUGCUAGAGCUGCCCCGGUCAACUUUAAGUGCCGUUGUGAAGUGGAAACGUCUAGGAGCAACAACAUCUCAGCCGCGAAGUGGUAGGCUACACAAGCUCAGAGAACAGUGUAUAGUGCAUAAAAAUUGUCUGUCCUCGGCAGUGGCGACCUGUCACUCAGGGCAGGUGGGCCAAAGCCCCAUCUGUUUUGAGCCCCACCUGGUGGGGCAGCCAGCGAAAAAUAUGGAGCGUAGGGGUUGGUAAUGUUCUCUAGUUGCGCCGUGAUUGGCUCAGUGUUCUGUCACUCAUGGGUACACUACGUCACCACAAAAUCUACGGGGAGAGCUCGAAAAGUCAAGCCCCUUGGGUGCUGCCAUAGAGUUACAUUAGAAGUGCGCAUCCAAGAAGGCUCAAGGUCAUUGGCUACAGAUAAAAUGACGUAAAAUCACGUUAUAUCUACCAUAGCUUUGAUUGGACAGAUCAUGUCAACAUCAUACUUUCAAAAUCUUAGCUAGCAAGCUAGACAAGCAGUCAUCAUCAUGAAUCACAUUGACAAUCAACUUGCAAAUCCUUUUCAAUACUUGUCAUAUGAAGAGAAAUUAUAGAUAUAACGUAUCGGUGUUCAUCGGCCACUGGACAUAAACAUGACACAACAACUUGGAAAUAGCAAAUUCAACAACGAGUGGUUUGGAAGGAAUCAGUGGCUAACUGCAAGCAUUCCAAAGCAAUCACUAGCCUGCUAUUCAGUGGAGUGGGUGUGUGGUCCAUGUCUGGGUUGAAUACAUAGGUUGAAUACAUUGGCCAUGCUGUCAAUCCAGCAUAACUUCUGCCGUGUUCAAAACAACUGGAAACUCGGAAAUGGGAAAUCUCUGACUUCACUGAGUUCAAGAAAACUGGGAACUCUGGAAAAAAUGUGCUCCGACUGGGAAAAUACGUUUUGAACGGUCAUCCAACUCAGAAUUCCAGAGAAUGCCAGAGUUUGAUGACAAAGUUUGAUGACAAAAUUUGUCCACAAGAAGGACCGCCGCGCCACCUUCCUGUUCAAGUGAGCACAACAAGGUGAGUCCAAAAAUAUCUUGUAUGCUGCUGCAUAAAUUAUGUAAUAUGCAAAAUAUAUGUAUACAGUAGCUAAGAAAGUAAUACUAAGGUAUGUUGUGUAGUAAGCUGUUAGUAGCCCAUGUGCCUCACCCUAAUAAUUUGGCCCCUUUCCCCCUCAUAACUUAGUUUACUGUUCUGACUUGGUGGUGCACAUAGCCUAUACAUAGCCUAUAGCCUGUUUUAGAGAAAUGUAAUCAUCAAAUAUUGUAAGAGCUUUCAUUGUCUGCUUAUAUGCCCCCUUUAUUUAUCCUACAGUUCUGACUUGGUGUACAGGGAGAAUACUGUAAGAACGGCCCAUGUUCUGAAUUCUGUCGCUGUACAUUUUAAAAGUGAACAAAUAGUUACAUUGACUACGUCCGUCCUAGCUCGCUCAUUAAUGUCUUAAUCGAAAUUACGGAUUGCCUCUUAUCCGCUCAUCUCAAUUGCCAGUAGAAACCACAUUUGUUUAAGCAAGUCAGCCAUAUUAGCUAGUAAAUUAGGCUGAAUGAACUGUUUCGCUGCCAGACAAGGCUCCGCUGAUAGCCAGGUGUAGCAGUGGUAAGGAUUCACUCCACGGUGCUGAAAAGAAAGCUCUGCUGUUGGGACAGCUUUAUGUAGGGCCUAACAGUUUGUGGGCACCGUUUGUCACCGUUUUAGUGCAAUUAAUGUAUUGUUUAGUGUUGUGUUGUGUAGUGGCUUUGCUGGCAUGGAUCUCCCCCCAAAAUGUUGAGUUGCCACACCAAGAUGUACAUGCUAAAAUCGCUACUUGUCCUCGGUUGCAACACUCAUUACCGUGUUCCAAACCGCCUCUGGAAGCAACAUCAGCAAAAUAACUGGUCAUCGGGAGCUUCAUGAAAUGGAGCCGUACACAAGCCUAAGAUCACCAUGCGCAAUGCCAAGCGUCGGCUGGAGUGGUGUAAAGCUCGCCGCCAUUGGACUAUGGAGCAGUGGAAACGCGUUCUCUAGUGAUGAAUCACGCUUCACCAUCUGGCAGUCCGAAGACAAAUCUGCGUUUGGCGGAUGCCAGGAGAAUGCUACCAGCCCGAAUGCAUAGUGCCAACUGUAAAGUUGGUCUCGGGCUGUUUUUCAUGGUUCGGGCUAGGCCCCUUAGUUACAGUGAAGGGAAAUCUUAACGCUACAGCAUACAAUGACAUUCUAGAUGAUUCUGUGCUUCCAACUUUGUGGCAACAGUUUGGGGAAGGCCCUUUCCUGUUUCAGCAUGACAAUGCCCCUGUGCACAAAGCAAGGUCCAUACAGAAAUGGUUUGUCGAGAUCGGUGUUGAAGAACUUGACUGGCCUGCACAGAGCCCUGACCUCAACCCCAUCGAACACCUUUGGGAUGAAUUGGAACGCUGACUGCGAUCCAGGCCUAAAAGCUCAACAUCAGUGCCCGACCUCACUAAUGCUCUUGUGGCUGAAUGGACGCUAGUCCACGCAGCAAUGUUCAAACAUCUAGUGGAAAGCCUUCCCAGAAGAGUAGAGGCUGUUAUAGCAGCAAAGGGGGGACCAACUUCUUAUUAAUGCCCAUGAUUUUGGAAUGAGAUGUUCGACGAGCAGUUGUCCACAUACUUUUGGCCAUGUAGUGUAUAUAGCAAAGCUUCUUCCUGAAACCAUCCAAAUGUAUGUGAGAGGGAAGAUUCAUAUUUACAUAACUGAAUGAUCAACCCAAUGUAUAUUAUACUGUACAAUAACUCAAAGGGCCUCCAUGCUUUGGGGAGAAAUGUUAUGUUACAGCCUUAUUCUAAAAUGGAUUAAAUAAAAAAUUAUCCUCAUCAAUCUACACACAAUAGCCCAGAAUGAUGAAGCAAAAACAGGUUUUUAGAAAUUCUUGCAAAUCCUUCAUGAAAACCUGCUCCAGAUUGCUCAGGACCUCAGACUGGGGCGAAGGUUCACCUUCCAACAGGACAACGACCCUAAGCACACAGCCAAGACAACACAGGAGUGGCUUCGGGACAAGUAUCUGAAUGUCCUUGAGUGGCCCAGUCAGAGCCCGGACUUGAAAACUAUCUCACAUCUCGGAGAGACCUGAAAAUAGCUGUGCAGCGACGCUCCCCAUCCAACCUGACAGAUUUUGAGAGGAUCUGCAGAGAAGAAUGGGAGAAACUCACUAAAUACAGGUGUGCCAAGCUUGUAGCGUCAUACCCAAGAACAUUCGAGGCUAUAAUCGCUGCCAAAGUGCUUCAACAAAGUACUGAGUAAACGGUCUGAAUACUUAUGUAAAUGUGAUAUCCGUUUUUUAUUUUUAAUAAAUGUGCAAAAAUGUCUACAAACUUGCUUUUGUUUUGUCAUCAUGGGGUAUUGUGUGUAGAUUGAUGUGGGGAAAAAUCUAUGUAAUAAAUUUUCGAAUAAGGUUGUAACAUAAUAAAAUGCGGAAAAAGCCAAGGGGUCUGAAUCCUUUCCGAAUGCACUGUAUAUGCUCUGUUCAGGCAAGCCUCUAGCCUUUUGGGGGCCCUAAGCGAGAUUUGGUUGGCACAAUUUAAAGCAAAUUUCCUUAAAUUCUACACAUCUUGCCAUGACUUUGCUAUGUUAAUGAUAUCUGAGUGACUAACAAAAGGCUCCCUGGAGGUCAGGGACCCUGGGCACGUGCCCUGCAUGACCGGUCGGUACUCGGCCAUGAUUACUACAAGUUUAGAUAGCUGGCUAGACUAAUUUACCAAUUAAAAAAUUGUUAGCUGACAUGACUAAUUGAGUGACUGUCAGUGACUGACAUCACAAAAUAAAAAUUGCUGAUGCACAACCAAAUGUCGAACUUGCACCUUGUGUAUUCCACUAUUCUAACUCUCAACAGUAAGUCGAGACCCCGAAUGAGUUCCUCUUAUGUCGCCCUUUGUUCAAGUCCACUUCAUGACUACAGCUCAGAUCCCACAAUAUUCACAUUGCUGGGAUCCAGUGCAUGGGUAUUGGUUAGAUAUGGGAAAUCACAGUCAUACUCUGCCAGAGGGCCUGCAGAGAUUAGUGGUCAUCAUGACCAGCAUGUGACCAAUCUGUGUACCUUGUAGAUUUAGGCUCGGUUCCAUUUCUGUUCUUAGCCUCUUACAUCCAUACAACAUGCUAUAUUAUGUGUUGAUUGACAGGUGAAAAAGGGAAGUGGGCGAUUUGACAAACCUUAUAAACAAUGCAGGCAUUGUGACGGGGAGGAAGAUCAUGGAUGCUCCCGACAGCCUGAUUGAGAAGUCUAUGGAGGUGAACUCCAAUGCUCACUUCUGGGUGAGUUGGAAUGUGUCAUACUUUAUCAUCAACAGUUUGGCUUUUCCCACAACAAGUCUCAGAGUAAAAGAGCAGCAGUUGACAUAGGAUGUGUCCAUGGAAUUAACUCUUAGCGUAACACAACAUGCUUAUAUCAAUAUCCUGUAGGUGUAAAGAUAAACACAGAAGACUUAAAACAAAUACUGGGACAAGGAGACAAAGGAUAUGUUCAAAAUAACAAAAUAAUCUAAUAUCAUAGUGCCCAUGGGGUAUUUCUACUUCCACUGUGAUGAAGAUAUGCAUAUUGACAGCAAAGUAAUGCUCAACCAUGAUCAUCUGUUUUUCCCCAGACUUACAAAGCGUUUCUCCCGGCAAUGAUAACCAGUAACCAUGGUCACGUGGUCAGAGAUGCAAGAGGAAUUUAAUGUAAAGUGUGACCAAUUUGUAUUUGUAUGAUGUCCGUUAGGGGCAGGCAAUUCAUUGAUUCUCUGCUGUGAACACUCAGAGUAAUCCAUUCCCAUUCCUGUACUCUCUGUCUGUGCUCAGAUUAAUGUGCCAGUAAAUUUGCAGUUUUGGCCUCGCUGAGUCUGUGGCGCUGGAGCUGCGAGCGACAAAGACAGACGGAGUGAAGACCACCAUCGUGUGUCCCUUUCUUCAUCAACACAGGGAUGUUUGACGGCGCUAACACCAAGUGGGUUCACCGUACUGCAACACACACACACGUUCUACUACCUUAAGCUUUGUAUGGCAGAGGAAGUGUUGCCACGGUAGGAGACAUUGUGGAAAUGUGUACAAUGUUGCACUGUGCUAUAUGUAGCAGCUAGACAAUAGAAAUGUAUGCUCUGCUUCACUUUGCUUGACGGUGAAAUUGUACUUUGUCAUUAUGUUUGGAGCAACAAUAGAAAUAUGAUCUAGACCAGGUUUCUUAAAUGGAAGCAAACGGAACGAAACGUGGAUAAACAUACCUGAAUUUGUCCAAUAGAAACUCUCGUUUACAACUGUUGGACUAAAGACUAGACCCUAUAUCAGCUAGAUGCAGGCAAGAUUGUGCAAGGCGGUAUUGAAUGUGUCAAUAUCUGUCAUCUUGAUUACUCAAAUUUCUCUCUACCUGUUCACCUACGUUAUAAACUUUCAUUCAUAGUCUAGGUUGUAGAGUUUCAUGUAGUAAGUAGUCUAAACCUUUCGAUGUUACAUUGAGCUGGGUGAAUGGAAUAUGAAUGAUUGUCAUCCAACAUGCUGUAAUAGAAAUAAGGCCAUGCUCAUUAAAAAUAUAAUCAUCCUCCCUCAUCUUAAACGGAACCGACCGCCACUGAUGCACACACAUUUAUACUUACUCUACACACACACUCACUCACAUAUAAUCAUCGUUUACGCUGCUGCUACUCUGUUUAUCAUAUAUCCUGAUGCCUAGUCCCCUUACCCCUAUACAUAUCUACCUCCAUCACUCCAGUAUCCCUGCACAUUGUAAAUAUGGUACUGGAACUAACCCUGUAUAUAGCUUCUUACUUUCUUAUUUUUGUUCUACUUUAUGUUAUUUUUAGUGCUACAUUGAAAUUGAUUACUACAUUGUUGGGUUUGGAGCUUGCAAGAAAGGCAUUUCACUAUACUUGUGCACGUGACAUUAAAACUUGAAACUAAACACAAUUGAUGGGUUCCUUUGCGAAAGUAACAGCCCUUGUUCUCCAAACAGAUAUUUGUUUUCCAAAGUUUAUGGGUUUUAUAUCUUUAAAGGAACAGAAUGAAGGCAGAAACUGAUUACUGAGUCCAAUGUUCAUGGUGGCAUAACAUUUUAAGGAUUUGAUCCAUGAAGUGAAAUUAAAAAGGGAAGUGUGCAGUGCGUUUUUAGAUGUAGAUUCACACUAGAGUGUGCCAGCCCAUUCCUUUGAACUGUUGAUCAGUGAGAGAAAUGUUUGUUUUUGUUUUGGGUGCUUCCUGCAGAUGGCCCACUCUCAUGCCCAUUCUGGAACCUGACUAUGUGGCCAAAAGGAUCCUCCGUGCUAUCCAAACCAAGUGUACCUGUGUAUGCCUCGGAGCCUCUACCUCGUCCUCAAGA